AUGAGUUCCCAGGGGUUUUCGUUCCCCCCACCACCACCUCCUCCGCCAGUUCCCCAGGCAUCUUCCUCUUCCUCCUCCGCCCAUCCUCCAGCGCCGCAUGGUCAACACUGGAAUGCCCGUGGCGCCGGACGAGGACGUGGAAGAGGCCAGGGAAAUCGCGGCCGAGGAGGAAAUCACUCGAAUGGGAACCGCCAACAAUACCAGAAUCACAACCAGAACAACCACAGCAACAACAACAACAAUAUCACACCGAGCUACAACUACGCGCCUGGGAACUACGGCUAUCCAUCUCAACCAGUCUCGGCGACGUCGUACAUGGCCCCGCCCCUCCCUCACACGCAGUCAAAUUUUCAGCAUCCUCAAAAUACGCCUACCUACGCACCUCCGCAAACCUUUCAUCAACCCGCUGGAUCGGCCUAUCAACCUCUUCCCCACUACAAUGCAACUCCCAGCCUUACGCCCUCCGCAUCCUACCCUCCGCAAUCUACACAACCAUACCCGUCGAAUGUCCUCCAUCAACAUGCGCCGCAGAAUGGGCCCAUAGUCAUGGGGUCACCCUGGGGCUCUGAGGUACCACCCGCUACCCCGGCACCAUACGGAGGAGCGACACCCAGUCACGGGCAUGGACAUGGACAUGGACGAGGAUCCUGGCCUUCCCACCCACCUAGCAACCAUAAUAAUCACGGCCCCAAAUCAAGGCCUCCCCAUAAGCGCGAUCACUCCGCCGCAUUCAAUAAACCCCAGCCCAGCGCACCACGAACCCCGGCCGCACCCGCAGUUCCAAGUUUCGGCAACCCAUUACCCUGCAAACCCCCACCGGCCGCAGAUUUAAACGCAAACGCAACUCGGAAACCAAAGAAACGCAAGCGGAAGCAUAACCAGCUCGGCCUAACCCCCAAGACGGAAGACCACGAGUCCAGCGAGGACGAAGAAGAUGUGGACGAAGAGUCCAAAUUAGCGCAAGGUGGGGGCGGCUCGGAAUCCGCACCGCUCCAAUUCUCCUAUAAAGGUCGAACGGCUACUUUGCAAUCAUCCGCUGAUAUCGCGGCGUGGAUUGCGGAGCGGCGGAAGAAAUUCCCCACCGCUGAACGGAUCGAGGAGAGGAAGAAGGUUGUGCAGGAAGCCAAGGAUGCGCGCGAAGCAGUCCGGCGCGAGAAAAUGAAUGAAAGGGCGAAAAUGAAUGGGAAGGCUGCAGCAGCAGCUGCGGGGUCAGGCGAUAAUAACAAAGACAACAAAGAAAAGCCAAAGGGAGCGCCAAAGCCUACCAGCGAUAAUCCAAAUGUGGACCCGGCAUUAAAUGCCGUGAUGAAAGCACAGCGAAAGGCCGACAAGAUCAGGCGCAAUCUGGACCGGGAACAGAAGCGCUUUGCUAAAGCGGAAGCUGAAGCCGAAGCUGCUCGGCUCAAGGUCGCUGCUCUACAGAAACAACUGGGAUCGGAUCAAAAUCCCGUGCAAAAGGACGUCGGUGGCAACGUGGAGACUGGGGCUGGUGACCUUGUUGUUGUUGCCGAACCGAAUGUCGCGCUGCUGCCCGAGACAAAGACGCCAGCUGAAGUCCCGGAUCCCAUGACCAUCGAUACGAUGGACAAGCCUUUAGAGCCGGGGGCUUUGACCGCUGCCGCUAAGCCUGUUCCUGCGGAGGCGGACAUGGGGACUAUUGACGUGGCUGAUCAGGUGGACGGACCUAUGGAUCUCUUGCCCGAGGCUGAGGCUGAGACUGAGGCAUCGAGGCAUGUCAGCGGCGACUGGACCUCAUCUAGUGGUUCCGAGUCGGGCUUAGACUCUGAUAGUGAUAGUGGAGGUGAUAGUGACAGUGACAGCGAGAGUGAGAGCGAGAGUGACGGCGACUCGGCUCCCGAACAGGUGAGUAGCCGACGACAAGGACCCGAGAAGGUUCUCCCGCCGCCUCGCGAAGGCAAGAAGCAAUUGUGCCGGCACUUUGCUCGCAAUGGGAAGUGCAAUCGCGGAGAUCAAUGCAGUUUCUCACAUGACGUGGGCGAACGACGAAAAGCGAAGCCGGAAAAGAAGGAGAAGGGGCGCAAGGGACUUCUCUCUGCUCUACUGGACCGGCAAAAAGAAGACGAGGAUCGGCGGGCAAUGGAAGUCAUUGCCUGGCUGGGACAAAAUGGUCUUUUGGAAGAGCCGAAAGGUUCGACCUCAGAGACUGGCAGUGGAAGUGGAAGUGGAAGUGGAACUGCACCUGGGACCAUCGGGACAGACGCCCCGCAAUCGGAUAUCCCUAUCUAG